GUGCACUUAAACAACAUUGCUGGAUUUCGGCGCGCUCCCGCCUGCACGUGCACGUGCUAAGCGUCAGAAACCCGCUAUCGCUUAAAUUUCUUUCAUCCAUCUGUUUGUCUUUUAUAGAUAAGAAACGUCGAUCGAGGUUUAUGUAAAGAGAUUAAAGUAUAAAAGAGUGACGUGGCGGGACACGUGAGCGCGCGUAACGCGUGUUUUGUUGUGGCGCGGCGUGUUGUGAUCGCGUAUGUACACAGACAAAUUUUUGUGCACGAGAAUGGUAACGCAUGACAACACACUUAAUAUUCAAACAGGAGUUGAAUGUGUUUGGAGAUGAUGGAGAGCUCACAAGGACACCGCUCGAGUUAUCGCCGCUCUAAAGACUCUGAAGUACGAGGCGUCGUGUCUGGCCGAUCUGUGAUGAAGAAGAGCUCUCACAGGCACAAACAGCGUCACAAAGUCGAUCCCAGCACUCAUCCUGAGAACAUCGUGGGCUGUAGAAUCCAACACGCAUGGAAAGAAGACGGUCACAGGCCUGUGUCUCUGUGGACGGGGACGGUGCUCAUCCAGGUGCCCGUGAACCCUUCGCUCUAUCUCAUCAAGUAUGAAGCUGUCGACUGCGUCUACGGCCUCGAGAUUUUCAAAGACAGGAGGGUGGAAAACCUCCAGAUGUUAGACAGGCAGAUCGACUCGUUCCGCACGGGCGACAGUCUUCUUGCGGACAGACUGCUGGGCCGGGCGGUAGGACACAUGUUUGAACAGGAUGACGGAUCGAAGGAUGAGUGGAGGGGUUUGGUGCUCUCCAGAGCCCCCGUCAUGCCCACCUGGUUCUUCAUAACGUACGAGAAGGACCCCACGCUUUACAUGUAUCAGCUGAUGCAGGAUUAUAAAGACGGAGACCUGCGCAUUCUCCCAGAUUCAGAUGAUGCAGCGGAGGUCAGAGAGCCGGGUGAAGUGUUUGACACUCUGGUUGGAAAGCAGGUGGAGUGUAUGAACAAAGAUGGCACGGAGAAGAUGGGCACAAUCAUCCAGCAGGUUCAUGCAAAGCCUUCGGUCUACUUCAUCAAGUUUGAUGAUGACUAUCACAUCUACGUCUAUGACAUGGUUGGAUCGUAAAUGUGUCGACAUCUCUGUUCUUCAGUGUUCUACUGAGUGUUUUUGUUAUGAAAGUAUUUUGUUUACAAAUGUAUAUGAAGGUUGUGCCGCUGUUGUGAACUUGUGUCCCAAGAUUUCUAGGCUAAAGAAAUCUGUGCGAUGAAGAACAUGGAGUUGGUGUUUCAUUACGUGUUUGACCUGCUGAAACCGUCUGGAAACUUCAGUCUUUAUGGUUUCUGCAGGGAUGGAGAAUCUGGUAAUUGGUUAAAAAAAAUCUGUAUGAGGAGUUGAUCUUGUCGUUUUUUUAUUAACACUGGUGUAGUGUAAAUAUGACCUGACUUUUGAGAAAAAAAUCUCUUAACACUGGAAGGAAUGUUUUACAAAAGUCCUCCACUUGUGUUGAACUGGUAAAAAGUUAAAUAGUGUUUCAGCAAUACUUAACAAUAAAAUCAACAAAAACUCUG